UUCGAGCCGUCUCGGAUUUCAUGUAUCACGGCACGUCGAGCACUUCCUCGGACAUCUCACCAAUGUCAGAGCAAAAGUCGCUGCCGCGAAGAGGUCGCUCGAGAUGGCACGUGCCGAGCAGGAUACUGCCGCCAAUCUCGGUAGCGGAGACGGCCUUCGGCGCCGGCCAGUCGUCCCAGCAGCAGCGAGAACUCGGCCACCACCACCACCAACAGCAGGAGGGAACCAACACCGCCACGUCCAGCGAACUCAACGACGUCGACUCCCUGAAGAAGCUCAAGCUCGGCCUGAGGAGCUCCCUAUGGUCGAGGCCGGCCGGCCAACAGGCCAACCCCAACCCAUCCUCCGACUACUCCAUCGCCGUCUAGCUUCGUCCCCCCUCCCGCCGGCCCCUCCCCCGCCCGCGAC